AUGAUGACUACUGUGUGUGGACCCAGCGAGGUGACGACUCGGUCACCGCGGGCCAAGAAAUCUUUAAGAGGAAGUAUAAUAGUUCAGAAGGCGUUAGACAAAUCUAACUCACGAUAUUCAAGUAGAACCACAAAGAGUGUUUCAGACGACAGCUACAGCACCACCGUCACCUCCCUCGUGACGGACGGGCUCAGUCCGCGCUCACAUCGAGAUGUAGAGACGUACUCCAUAGUAGACCUGGUCACCAUAGAUACUAACGGCUCCGGGUCAUCUAUAUACGACUCGGUGGACUCUGACAGUCAAGUAUCGUUCGGUAGUCCGCGGACGGUCGCCACCAGGAGGACGAGGUCUUCUAAUCCUUCUCUGUUGGGUUCGAGUACGCCUUACACGAACAAAACUCGACUAUCACCGAAAUCGAAUAUUCGUGAAGUCACAGACAAAACUGUGUCCACGAGUAAGAGAUCCACAUCUAUAACCACUCCAGAGAACAGUCAGAACAUAUCGUUCAAUAGCACGAGGAAGUCGCGACCCUCGCGGAGCAGGUCCCGUGUUAACGACAGCGACGUACUGCUCGUGGUGGAGGAUGACAACGAAGAUGCCUCUCCUAAAUCUUCGAGACGGUCUAAUAAAAGUCUGUUGAGUCCAAUAGUGAGAAAGAAUAUUUCUAUCACAGUGUCACCGUCCCACAGCCCCACUCCGGGCACUAUCACUCCAGAGAACAGGUGCAGUCCACAGGACGUCGGGACUCCUGUACUGAGCAUUCAAAGCCUUCUAGAGCAGAGUUCUAUCGAUCAGACCUCCAAGUCCUCGAAGAACUUUAAAAAGUCGAAGAGAAAAUCUACGGGAGGCCUCUACACGCGACCGCGAAGAUCUAGACUCAGCGUUAAAUCUAAAUCAUUGAACUUGACUCAGAGAAGGUCUCAGCGAGCCAGGAAAGCUUCUUGGAUAUCUCUGAAUGCAAUCAACACAUCUCGAGAUGCUGAAAAGGCGACCACACCUAAGAGUGCUGUCAAAUUGAUACAAGAAGGAGUAAAAAAUAAACAUUCAACGGCCAAGAAGCCCCAAUCAAAACGCUCUCUAAUAGACGAUCUGGACGAUUCUGACCUAGUAAAAGAAUUGUUUAACAGCCCGGUCAAGAGAAAACUCUCGCAGAGCAUGACAGAGUUUUCAAAGAAGCAAUUGUUCGACGACGACGUGGUGCCGGCCAGGAACACCAGGAACACUAUAGCAGUCGCUGGCAGAACUCCCGAGCAUUCAUUCGUCGAUCAAACUCAAGCGAUCACUCCGGAACUGUUCGUGAGUCCGCUGAGCACGCCGAGUGGCAGCCCCGACCUCGUCGGCGUUAAGAGAUUGUUUGCGAAGAAUACACCAGAUAAUGAUCUGCGUAACGUUCGAGGAGUUAAGAAUAUACUACGAACACCCCGGGCGAGGAAGUCUAUCAAGAAUGACCUGUGUAACGUAUCUGGAGUCAAAAAAAUAUUCGGGAAAUCACCGAGGAACAGAUUGAGCGACGUGAGAGUUAAAGAAGUUUUCGCUCAAUCACCGAAUGACGACUUGAGACGAGUAUCGGGUGUGAAGACUUUAUUCCAGACUUCGCCAAACGCGUUAGAGGACGUGCGAGGAGUGAAGGAGCUUUACAGGAAGAGCCCUCGCAACGAUCUGCGGAACAUAUCUGGAGUCAAGAACACUAUGAGAGCGAAUUCGCCGAGAAAUAAUUUAUCGGACAUGAGAGGUGUGAAGCAACUGUACCGGGAACAGUACUCCAGGAACAACGUGAGCGAUGUGAGCGGAGUCGAGGAACUGUUCCACGAGCCCGAGAGUCUGGACGCGACCUUCGACCAGCUGCUGGGGCGACCUCCACUGCGGGAAUACACCAAGGCCAACAGCUGCAGCAGAAUAGACAAAAGAAAAAGGAAUGAAACGCGAUCCGCCAAGUCUCUCCACGACUCCAUCGGACCGAUCACUGACAACGUGGAGGCCUGGCUCGAGAACGAGCUGAAGAAACGCGCCCGAACUACCCACACGGACGGUGACAAGGCUGCCAGAGAACUACGGAAACUGACCAUAGACACGGUCGAGGGACGGACGCCGCUGGCGUCUGGGAGGAGCCGUCACACUAUAUCAAUGAAAGAUCAGUCGGACGGACGGCAGAAAUCCGCUUCAGAGCUGUACAGCGCCCGCAAGCUGCCCAUCAAGAAGAGGUCGCUGGUGACGCGCGACGCUCCGGCGAGAGGCGACCCGCUGCCUCUCAAGAAGCGGCCCGUGCUGCACUCCACGCCCGUCAAGGGAAGGGAACUCGCUCUGAACGCGUCCGACCUGGGACGAGUGUCGCCCAUAGCGCUUGACGACACACGAACAUUGCAGUCUCAUACAGAAGCGACGAAUCUGAAGAACCUAAAGGUGAACGAGGAGGACGAGGCGGAGGAAGAUCUGGGAAAAAAGACAAUGAAACGAACACGAGGUAGAGGAGGGAGGUCAGCGAGGGGACAGAGGGUCGGCGAGGAGAAGACAGACACGAGUGUGAAGGACGUGAGGAGCACACGACAGAAGAAACACGUAGUAGUGACACCGAGGAAGACUAGGGCGAGAGGGGCGAAGAUCAGUGUGGUGGUGACUAAACCAUCACCCGUCAAGAAACAGAUAAAGAAACAGGGUAGCGACGAAAAGAAACCUGCACACGUUGAAGAAGAGAAGCCCAGAAGAACGAGAAGUGCGAAUAUUAAGAAAGAAACUUUGAAGGAAACAAAAACUACGAAGGUCGUUAAGAAAAAUGUAAUCGAAACGAAGACUAACACGACCAAGAGAACGAGAGGUGAGGCGAAGGAGGACGUGCAGGAAGAAACUACUGGACCGAAACGACGAAGAAAAACAACUCCCAACAAUAAUAUUAAAGUAGAAGAUGAAGUAGUAGAGGGAACUGGGAGGAGGAGGGGGAGGAAACCGAAAGAUCCAGGGAGUGAGAGAGUAACACGAAAUAAUAAGAAGACUGUGAAGGAACAAUGUACUGACACUGACAAUGUACCAAAGAAAAGUACCAGAAGUAGAAAAGAUACGGCGGCAGACACGGAGAGAGUUAAGAGAGGGAAGACAGUUGUUAUAGUAACACCGAGCACAGAGACACAGAAACGGACAGAGAAGAAAGAGGAGCUUAGUGAUGGAGACAAGAUAGUUAGGAGAAAUAGGAGAGUAAAUAAAGAUAUUAAUGAUAAGAAGAAGAAUGACGCUGAGGGAAAAGAACAAGAGACCAAGAACAAGAAGACUACGAGGAGCGAGACGGAGAGAGGAGGAGAGGAGGGAGGGAGGGGGAGAGGCAGAGUGAGAGGAGACGGACAAACACAGGAGACUAGGAAGAAGACAGCAGCGGCGGGCCCCGAGCCGCCUCGCAAGAGACGCGCGGCACAAGACGACAUCCGGGAAGAACCCCCCGUCACCACUAAGAGACGCCGCACCGCCCGGGUCACGGCUCCAGGUAUAAUAACACAACAGUACUUCAUAUAA